AAGGCCUGAGGCGUCUCUUGGGUCACGCUGAAGCCUCUUCCACGGCACGGUGAAGGAAUUUUUUUUGGUGGUCCAGCAGUUAUUCAAAUAUGGACAGGAAUCCAUCACCACCCUCCAGUGAUUCAGAGGAGGAGGCAGUAGUUGCUGGGGAUUCCAUUGGAAACACAGUCUAUAGCAAGCACUGGCUAUUUGGUGUCCUUACAAAACUAAUUGAGGUUAUUAGCUCUAAGGAUGAUUCUGAGGUGAAUGAUGUGGAAGAACAGAUGGAACUAGAUGAAGAUAUGGAGAAUGACAUUUGCAAAGUAUGGGACAUGUCAAUGGAUAAGGAUGUUGCUUUAUUUCUACAAGAGUUUAAUGCCCCUGAUAUAUUUAUGGGUGUGUUUGCCAAGUCUAAGUGUCCUCGGCUUACUGAAAUCUGUGUGGGCAUACUGGGUAAUAUGGCCUGUUGCCAAGACAUAUGCAUGUCCUUUAGUAAAAAUGAGGAUCUUGGACAAAUGGUGUUGCAGCGUCUUUGUGAUUCUGAUUCCCCAACUCUGCUUGAAACAAGCAGGUUGUUGCUGACUUGCCUCUGCCAAUCUGAAGUGGCUAGUAUUUGGGUGGAAAGAAUCCGAGGAAGUCCGUCAGUGUAUGACUGUAUCUGUUUUAUCAUGUCUAGUUCUACAAAUGUGGAGUUGCUGGUGAAAGUAGGUGAGGUGGUCGAUAAAUUGUUUGACACGGAUGAAGAAUUAAUGUUAAACUGGAUUAAAAAAGGUUCUCAUCAGUUAGUGGGGCAGCCUACCAAUGAUUCUUCAGAUGAACAUCCAGAUUUUAAGAUUGUACCCUGUCUGCUUGAAGCUGCAAAACAAGUCUGCUCAGAUAACAAUUCAGAAGGACUUGAUGUUUAUAUGCAUAUCCUACAACUGCUCACUACUGUGGAUGAAGGCAUUCAAACAAUUGUACAUUCUCCUGAUAGAGGAAAAGAGACUUGGAGUUUCCUGUAUAAUCUCAUUUGCCAUGAACUCUGCCAACUAGAUGAUCCACCAAUUAUUGUCCAAGAACAGAAGACAGUGUUAGCUUCUAUUUUAUCCGUGUUAUCAGCCAUCUUUGCUUCACAGACUGAACAGGAAUAUGUAAAGAUGGAGAAAAAUAUGCCUCUAAUUGAAAGCUUGAUUAGAGUUCUACAAAACAUGGAUGAAUGUGGAAAGAGAUCUAUGGACAGUUCCAACAAAUCAAAGUCAGAGGAGGCUGGCAAGAAGGGAAUAAUGGAGGAAGAUUUCCAUUUAAAAAUAUUGAAGGACAUCUGUUGUGAGCUACUCUCUAAUAUGCUUCAGGAACUAUCUAAGGAAAACAUACUAGAGGGGCUCAAGCAAGGUCAUUUAAACGAACAGAAAUGUUGCUGUACAUUCCAAAAUCUCCUCCCUUUGUAUUUAUCAUCGGUGGAGAGCUUCCUUGAAGUGCUGCAUGAAGCUGAUCAGGCCCUUGCUGACAGCUUAGGAAGAAGUUUCCCAAGCUUGAAACUCCCAACAUAGGAACACAUGUACUAUAUUUUCUUGCAGGAUGACUUUGAAUCUUUCAUUAGUGUUUUAAGAAAGCAAUGCGUGAAGAAGUUUAAAUCAUGUAUUUCUUUAACAUCUUUGCAAGGAAAUUCAGAUGAGAAUCCUCAUUAAACAAAGGUGGAGGCGGUAAUGGCAUAGAAAACAAUCUCUCCUAAAGUCUGUUUUGCAUCCACAACUCUACAUUUUUAAGUGCUGUACAUGAGGAGGGAAUGCAAACAUGUUUUUAUAUUUUAGUCGCCAUUGAGGUUGUGGAUCUCAAUUUUGUUGAACAAUGAAAUAUGCUUCAACUAUUUUGAAACAGUUUUUGUGUUGUUGUUUUUAAAGUUGGCUAUUAAUAGUAAUGUUACUUCAGGUAUCUUUUAAUAAAAAAAAAUCAUUGGGUUCCCAUAUGGGAGCCAUGCUCUGCUGUCUACUUGCUACAAUUCAGUAGCAACCUUUUUGAAGACAUCAUUCAGUUUACUUGCAUUAAGAAUACUAAAGCAAUGCAUUUUAAAAAAAGUGAACUCUAAAACUGAAGAAUUACUUAAAUGUCAUCAUUUCUAGAACAUUGUGUAGCAUACAUGUACUUCAGCCCAUUUGUACUGUAAUUGCUGAGUUUAUUUGACUGUUGCUAAAUGCAGCCCUAAAAAAGUUAGGAUACAACAGUUCCGGUUCACAUGAAUGGCCAAUGGUGAAAUGGUCGUCAUCUUGUGACUCUCUUGCCCAAGAAAACUUGAAUGCAGAUGAUGUAGUUUUCCCAGUCUAACUUGUUGAAAUAUUAGAAGUAGCAUCAAAACUGUACUUCAGCUUGUAUAGUUUCUAUAAUAUGGAACUGGAAAAAAAAGUGGGCCCGCUUUUUGAUAUCCAUGCGUAACACACAUCGAGAAAUCUUUCUACACUAUUUUGCAUUAUGUGUGCUCUGAACGACAUCCAAACUGUUUUUAUGAAAGAUAUAAUAGGUGGUGUUAUGCACAACUGUAUACUAAUGUCUAGUUUCUGAAAGGAUGGAAUUAUAUCUGGUCAUGGCGUUGGUGUUUGCAACUCUUACCAGGCACUGAAAUUUUGAGCCGAGAAAAAAGAAGGAAUUAAAUGAGCCCAAAGGAACGGUAUCAUGACUGGGAUCCAGACUGCAACAAGUGGCUGCUGCACUUGCAUAUGGGAGCAAUAACACACACACACCCCGUUAAGCAGCAACUCCCAUUCUUCCUACAAAGCCCCUUUCCAAGAUCAAGGAUUCCUCCAGAGGGGCAGCACAUAUGAGGAGUUGCUGUUAAGAGGAAUGUUUGCCACUCCUCUGUGAGAGUGGAAAUGAGUUUGGAACUCAAAUUGUGUUUCUGCCAUCUUAACUAACAGCUACCAUUAACUAACAGCUACCAUCUUAACUAACAACUACCAUUGAGACUGGUUUUAUAUGUAUAUUGGAAAUAUAUUCUUGAAACUAAAAUGUUACAAUAAAAUUUUUAUGAAACGUG